AUGAAGGACAUAAACUUAUUAAUAGAACGGUUGAAAAUAAGUAGGGAAAAGGAGUUUGAAAAAGAUCUCAAAAUUCUGUUGGAAAUAAAUUCACACAACCACAAAACAAGCGUAAAAAAUGACGAAGAGAUUAGUAGCUAUAUUACACACAUAAAAAAUGCACAUAAUGAUAUAAAAGGUAAAACAAUUUUUGAAAAUAGCUAUUUUAGUAAUAUAUUAAACUGCUAUCGUAAAAGUGAACAAUAUAAUGAUUCUAUGAAUUUUAAAGGAAAUACCAACAUAACAAAUGAUAAAAGUAAUAUUUGUAAUGAAAAUUUAGUUAAUUUUUUUCACAUGUAUUUAAUUCGAAAAUAUAGCGAAAUAGAAUAUUAUAAAUGGCUAUAUAGCGAUUUUUCAAAAAUUUUUUUAUUUAAAAGGACAGGUGAAAAUUGUAGAAAUAACUAUCUUAAUUCUUAUAAAUGUUUUUUAUAUGUUUAUUCUAAAAUUGUUGAAUAUAUAUUAUUAAAAAAUGAAGGUAUGAAUGAUAAUUUAACCCAAUUUUGUAAAAACACUCUCCUAAAAACUUCAGAAGAAUUUGAAUGUUUAUCAAAAAUGAACAAAAAAGAUAUUUAUUCCAAUUUAAUUCCAAAUAAUGUUAACUUAAUUAAAUAUGCAUAUUUUAUAAUUGAACUAUUAUGCAAAGAUAAUAAUACAAAUAGUUUAAGCAUAUUAUAUGCCUUAUAUUCAUAUAUAUACCUUUUAUCCAAUUUUUUUUAUGCUUGCUCAUUAAAAAAUUAUAGUAAAAAAUUGGAGGGAACAAGUCAAGGCAAUAUAAAUACAGACAGUACUGCUACUAAUAUUGGCAACUGUUUGUAUAAAAAUGCUGAUAAUUCCAAAUUGACUUGCCCACACUUUAAUCAUAUGGUAAAAUAUGGAGAAUCCAAAUUUAUGGAACUAAAUGAAAUGAUGUUAUAUUUUAUUUCUAAAAAAGGAUUAGAAAAAUCAGAUUGUAAUAUUGAAAAUAUAAUAAAAAAUUUAAAUAUUUUUAAAUAUUCAACUUAUUUAAAAAAAAAUGCAUUUUCCGAAAUUUUUAUGAACAGUCAGAAUAAUUAUGAAGAAAUGUGUGCAAAAUACGAAAAUAUUAUGAACGAAAUAUUUCAAAAAAUUUGCAACUUUUCAGACAUUACUCCUUUAUACUUAAACAAAUUAGUUAGUAAUAAAGAAGGAAAUGGAAAAUGUGUUGAAGGAGUAGGGGAAUGUUUAAAAAAAGUAAAUUUUGACACUACUCCAUUUGGUAAAUCCGAAUUUAAUGUUGACACAGACUUAUUUAAAAAUCAUUUAAAUAACGUUAAUAUAAACGAUGAAAAAAAUAACUUCUUAAAACACUUUAACAAUAAUGAAAGCAAUGAAUUAAAUAGUUUUAGUGGCUUUAUCAAUGAAUUUAAAUAUGUUGCUAUCGAUUUUGAUAUAACAAUCACAAAAGAAGAUUCCUACUAUAUGCUUUUCAGACUAUUGACCAGCAAUUUUUGUAAAUCCAAACCAAGUGGAAAUCUUGAUUUAUCACCAGAAGAAAUAAAUCUUUAUCAAAAUAUAAAUAUAGACAUGCUAAAUGAUAAUAAUAAAAAUGAAUUUAGUCCUGAAGAAAAAUCUUUAUAUUUAAAAAAAAUUGGAGAUUGGUACCAUAUAGAUGAAUGUAAAGUUAUUAAAGAACUUACUGAAAAGGAAGAUAUAUCUGCACCUCAUUCUGAUUCUUAUUAUUAUUUUUUAAAAGAAAUUGGAAAACUACAUAAAAAUUAUUCAAUGUUGUUAUCUUAUUAUGGAAUAUUUAAAGACAUAAAUGUUGAUAAGUUAAAUUCUAUAAUUGAUGAAAAUUAUGAAUUAUUUCCUUUAAAUGACUAUUUCUUAGAAGUAUUUUUAAAGCUUAUUAAAUUUAAAAAUGAAAAUAAGAACAAAUUUUAUUUUGACGUUGUGACACUCAAUUUUAAGAAGCAAAUAUGCAUGUACACAAUACGAAAUAAUCUUAUCAAAUAUGCAAAGGCAUGUGAAGAAACAAAAGAGUCUCUGGAAAUUGUUAAAAAAAAAUAUUAUGAUGAGCUUAAAAAACAUUUUAAUAUAUACUAUUUAAAGAAUCAUAAUUAUGAUAAAGAUACUAGAAAAUAUAAAGGUACCUAUGAAUAUAAUAGAUUAAAAAUAAAACAUAGUCAUUAUAAUAAAGGAGAUACAAUUGAAAAAGCAUGUAUAUCUUCUAUCUUUGAUAAAGCUGUAAUUAUAAAUAAAGUUUCAUCAUUGUUAAAUAGUUCAAAUAAAAAAUUAACUUCAUUUAUUGGAGAUAGUCUUAUUGAUAUAGAAGCUAUGCUAGUUGUUGAUAUACCAAUCUUAAUAGGCAAUAAUAAAUCCCUUCUUACCUUUUGUGAAAAACAUGAUAUUUUAAUAAAACCUUUAGCAUUUGCAGCAGAAAAAAUCGAAUACUUAAAAAGACAAAGAAGUGAAAAUACCUCUAAGACAUCGAACACCCAAGAAGAAACUAAAUCCAAUACAAAUCAAACACAUAAUAAACCAUUUGAUAAUAGUAAAAAAAUAUUAUAUUCUGCUGAAAGUUGGGCAGAAAUUGGAGUAUUCUUUUUUGGAAAUAUAUACAACAUGAAAUAA